CGCAUACUUCGCAUCCCUGUAGAUACGCGGCGAAUUUUACGCACUAGCCGGCUGGUCUGGAGAAAAAAUACCUUGUCAGAUCUGAAAAAAAACAUCUCAGUUCUUACAGCAAAAUCGUAAAACAGCGUAAAUUGUGACAAUUAACCAUUAAUAGAGGUGUUUAAGGGAGGGAGUUGCCGUCAAGGAUAUUUUGCUUUCCUAGCGCAAAAAAAAAGCAUACAAGUCAAGAGGACUUGUUGCAUUUCGGGUUUUCAUUUGGCCCUUUGACAUCUGUUUCUCCCCCUAGUGUGAUCCAGGCCUGGGCAUGGACGAGCGCACCGCCACUAUGGACCCCAGCAGUUGGAGCGGAAGCGAGAGCCCCGCAGACGACAUGGAGAGGAUGAGCGACGGGGCCGAGAAGGGCAUGGACGGGGACCCCGAAGGGGUGUGGAGCCCCGACAUCGACCAGAGCUUCCAGGAGGCGCUGGCUAUCUACCCGCCCUGUGGGCGGAGGAAGAUCAUCCUCUCAGACGAGGGCAAGAUGUACGGUCGCAAUGAGUUGAUAGCGAGAUACAUCAAACUAAGAACGGGAAAGACAAGGACAAGAAAGCAGGUCUCCAGUCACAUUCAGGUUCUUGCCAGACGGAAAUCUCGGGAGUUUCACACCAAGCUAAAGGUCACAUGUAUGGACCAGAGUGUGAAAGACAAGGCACUGCAGAGUAUGGCCUCCAUGUCCUCGGCUCAGAUCGUCUCUGCCACCGCCAUCCACAACAAGCUUGGCCUCCCAGGCUUCCCAAGACCCACCUUCCCUGGUGCGGCAGGGUUUUGGCAGGGUAUGAUAUCCACUGGCCAGCCUGGAUCCUCACAAGAUGUUAAGCCAUUUGCCCAGCAGGCCUACCCCAUCCAGACAGCUGUAACGACCACCAUCUCAGCGUACGAGCCUCCCACAGCCCCCGCGCCUACAGCUCCAGCCUGGCAGGGCCGCUCCAUCGGGACCACCAAACUCAGACUGGUGGAGUUCUCUGCUUUCCUGGAGCAGCAGAGAGACCCUGACUCUUACAACAAGCACCUGUUUGCCCACAUCGGACAGACUAACUACUCGUACAGCGACGCCCUACUGGAGGCUGUGGACAUCCGGCAGAUCUACGAUAAGUUCCCAGAGAAGAAGGGAGGACUGAAGGAGCUCUUUGGAAAGGGCCCUCACAACUCCUUUUUCCUGGUCAAGUUCUGGGCUGAUCUGAACUGUAACAUCCAGGAUGACUCUGGGGCCUUCUACGGUGUGACCAGCCAGUAUGAGAGCUCUGAGAACAUGACCAUCACAUGCUCCACCAAGGUGUGCUCCUUCGGCAAGCAGGUGGUUGAGAAGGUGGAGACGGAAUAUGCUCGCUUCGAGAACGGACGCUUUGUCUACAGGAUAAGUCGCUCCCCCAUGUGUGAAUACAUGAUCAACUUCAUCCACAAACUCAAACACCUGCCUGAGAAAUACAUGAUGAACAGUGUCCUGGAGAACUUCACCAUCCUAUUGGUGGUGACCAACAGAGAGACACAGGAGACGCUGCUGUGCAUGGCGUGUGUGUUUGAGGUGUCGAACAGCGACCACGGAGCUCAACAUCACAUCUACCGGCUAGUCAAGGAAUAAGAGACUGCGGCCUAGAUUUCAAUCAGAUCGAACGUUAACCGACAUCCGCAUAGCAGAUGUUUUGGCGGUGUUGGAGGUGUAACUGCGGUAUGAGCUGAAAUAUCGGUGAGCGGCUGCCCUUGUGUGGCAGCAACCCUCCCUUCCUUAAUAUCCUUACCGCGUUAGGAGUUCGAGGAAGUGUAGACUCUAUCGAUGUUAGAAGUAAUGACUUUCAAAUGUCAACCCGUAGAUGUUAGGCUAAUCGCAUGUUUUCAUGUUAAUUUGGAUGGGGGGGAUUUAUAGCUUAUCAGUCUAAUUCGAGUGUUUGAACUUGUAACGUUGCUGAAUGAACUUCCAACGCGGCUGUAUGGGAUUUGUCAGAUUAUAGUCGGGUGUGAUUUUGUUUCAUCCAAUGGCGGUGUCCGCAAUAAAAUAAUGCAACGAGCCGCUUGUGGAUUGGACAGCUCUCUGCAGUUCCACCUCCUGACACUGCCAAAACAACCGCUAUGUGAAUGUCAAUCUGAUUGAAUCUAGCCCUGACACUCAGUGUGAACAUGCUUCAUUCAGAACUGGGACAAACUAUCACAUAGAUCUCGCUAACCUGAAGGACAUGUAGCUUAUGAAGGAUGGAAGGAAGACAUUGAAGGACAUACCCUGAGUAUUGUCAGGGUUGUGGGGGAGGACACAAGGCAACCGCCCAGUGAAACACGCCUUCAGAAUGACUUACUUGACAACCGUAUGGAAAGUGGCUGUGCCUCUACACAAAUCCCACCCACAAUGUCCUUUGGUUACAUUGUGGGUGAAGUCUAUCACGGAUAAUAUUAUCAUUAUAUUUUUGUCUUUUUAAUGUAUAUUUGUAUGAGUGCAGCUGUCAAUCUGUGGUAUAGUUGUGUCAUGUGCCAUUUUUCCAGACUAGUUCAGGUCUGUAGUGUAGAAAGUGUACAUAUGAAGGGGCAUUGCGUAACAUAGGGAGAUGUUCUGUGGAUUACAUUUGGAAACUACUAUCAGUUUCCAGCUUUUUAUACUGUAGUCAUCACCAAUGUCAACCAAUUACAGAUCAUAAUAGCCUUUCUUAAUUAGAUAAAUAGAAAAAACUAUACAAACAGUUACUACAUACACUAUAUACUCAAACGUACGUGGACACCCCAUCAAAUUAGUGGUAGGACACACAAGCUCACAGAACUGGACCCCGAGUGCUGAAGCACGUAGCUCGUAACAAUUGUCUGUCCUCGGUUGCAACACUCACUACCGAGUUCCAAACUGCCUCUGGGAGCAACGUCAGCACAAUAACUGUUCAUAGGGAGCUUCACGAAAUGGGUUUCCAUGGCUGAGCAGCCGCACACAAGCCUAACAUCACCAUGUGCAAUGUCUAGCGUCAGCUGGAGUGGUGUAAAGCUCGCCGCCAUUUGUCUAUGGAGCAGUGGAAACUCGUUCUCUGGAGUGAUGAAUUAUGCUUCACCUUCUGGCAGUCCAACGGAUGAAUCUGGGUUUGGCGGUUGCCAGGAGAACGAUACCUGCCCCAAUGUAUAGUGCCAACUGUAAAGUUUGGUUGGUGGAGGUGGAAUAGUGGUCUGGGCUGUUAUUCCUGGUUUGGGCUCGGCCCCUUAGUUCCAGUGAAAGGAAAUAAUUAAUGCUGCAGCAUGCAAUGACAUUCUAGAGUUCUAGACGAUUCUGUGCUUCCAACUUUGUGGCAACAGUUUGGGAAUGCCCCUUUCUUUUUUCAGCAUGACAAUGCCCCCGUUCAUAAAGCGAGGUCCAUACAGAAUUUUGUUGUUGAGAUUGGUGUGGAAAAACUUGACUGGCCUGCAAAGAGCCUUGACCUAAACUCCAUCGAACACCUUUAGGAUGAAUUGGAACGCCUACUGAGAGCCAGGUCUAAUCUCCCAACCACAGUGCCUGACCUCACUAAUGCCCUUGUGGCUGAAUGGAAGAAAGUCCCUGUAGCAUUGUUCCAACAUCUAGUGGAAAGCCUUCCCAGAAGAGUGGAGCAAAGAGGGGGCCAACUCCAUAUUAAUGCCCGUGAUUUUGGAAUGGGAUGUUCAACGAGCAGGUGUCCACAUACUUUUGGUCAUGUAGUGUACAUGUAGCUUUGUGAACAUCACUAUCACACAAACAUUUUCCAAAGAAAAAAUAUGUAGGUUUUACAUUUUGUACAUUUUGGAUAACAGCGCAAAUACUAAACUAUAAUGAAGACCAGUAAUAGUUAUAAUUCCAGGGACACUUUGAAACUAUAAAUAAAAUAUAUGAUGAUUCAGGUACCACUUUGCAGCACAGCUCUCUCAUAUCUGCAUCAUAUCUCCUGUGCCCAACUAAAAAUAAACCUGUAUUGUUAGGUAUUACUGCACUGUUGGAGCUAGGAACAUAAGCAUUUCGCUACACCCCCGAUAACAUCUGCAAGAUAUGUGUAUGCGACCAAUAAAACGUGAUUUUAUUCGAAGAGGAAAAGCACUGUGAGAACACAGCAAGACAAUGUGUACAGAUCAGAGAUUGCUCCUAUGUUCUCUUUUCUCUGAGCUGCUAAGGUUUUAGCCUGUAUGACAAUGAGGCAAAGAAAUCAUAGAAUACACAUAUUGAACAUUCAAAAUGGACACUCUACUACCGUCGUCACCCAUCCCAAAGCACUUAGUUCCUCUGUAUGGUUAUUGCAGGGUGGAGUAAACUUGUUGAAUGAACCUGCUCUUUUUAGUGACUGAGGAACACAGAAGUCAAAAACACUCCCAUAUAUUAAUCUGUGUUUCCCUGGUUCUGAAUGCUAUUCAGCCUUAUUUUGCUUGUCAAUCGGUGACCUACGCUAUUGGGCACAUUAACCGUGGUGGUAGGGAAUGGGAUCCUUACAGAUACUGUAUCUCCACCACUCAAGCUGUGAGAUCUUUCCUGAGCUGGAAGACAGCCUUGUAAUCUCCAUACAUCCCAGUGUUAUGUGUACAGUGCCUUAGUGAGUAACUUUCUACCAAUGGCCCAAUGGUUUGCUUGGAUCGAAAAAUACAUAACAUUUUGUGACGCGUCCUGUCGGCCAUUAUAAAUACACGGUUAACUAUUAGUGGUUCUACAUGUGCACCUAUUUCACCGUGUUGUACAAAAUAACUGGUAAAUCAUACGUAGAUUAUUACAAUGAACAUGAUCCGUGUGUAAUAGCAGUAAUAACUUUGCCUUGCCUUUCAAAAACCAAAAAAACUGGAGACAUUUCAGACGUGCAAUUGUCCCUUUGCACUGUAGCAUAAAGUGCCUUUGGUCAUGACUUUCCAGUGAAGAAAAGGUUUAAAAGAAGCUAAACCAAAAAGCCUAAGAAAAUGGUGGAAGAGAUCACCAGAAUGCCUUUUCCAAUGCAUGUCCCUGUAGAACUGUAUUCAUUACCACAACAAUUUGACUAUUGCUGGGCGGCAGGUAGCCCCGCUGUUAGAGCAUUGGACCAGUAACUGGAAGGUCGCUAGUUAAAAUCCCUGAGCUGACAAGGUGAAAAAAAUCUGUCAAUUAACACUACUUGCUCCGGGGUCGCCAUUGAUAAUGGCAGCCCCAUGGUCGUGACCCCACUCUCCGAGGGUGUCUCUGGGAGUUGGGAUAAUGAAAAAAACAAACAACAACAACACAUUUCCAAUUCACACGUGCGUAUGAUCCACACUUUACAGUUUAGUCAUUUAGCAGUCGCUCUCAUCCAGAGCGACAUACAGUUAUUGAGUUAAUUUUAAGAUAGCUAGGUGGGACAACCACAUUUCUCAGUCAUAGUAAGUACAUUCCUCCUCAAUAAGGGAGUCAAGUGCGAGUGUUCGUGUACUUGUACGUGUCAAACAGGACAUAUAUAAGAACCCACCCAAUUAUUAUUAUUAUUUGGGAAACGAUUGUUCCCUUAGAUGCAUGUUCAGUUCACAGUGAAUCUCCCUGUGGAGGUUUAUAGCAUCAUUGUCACAGUAGAUCAAUUGUGUUAUCAUAAUAUCGUAUGCACACUAACUUAUUCAAGUCCAGAACAUAAUGCAGUAUAGUGGUAUGUUAAACUGUGGGUAAAGACAAUGGAUCAGGGUUUAUGUCAUGUUUGGAAGACCUUUGACCUGUUUUCUAACUUAGUAAUAAUUGUUACUAGAUCCUGGGGUGUCCACCAUCACAGUAGUUUCUGUUUGAAUGUGCUGUAUGUAGGCUAUACUUUACAAUGCUUUUGUGAUGACUCCAGUUUAACCAGAGACAAGCCUGUUGGUUUCACUGCUGGGCUCUGUGUCUCUGUUCUGUCAACCUGGAAUAUAAAUUUCACACUUAAGUAUUUUGAAGAUAUUAUUUUAAACGGGCACAAGGAGAUUUUUGAGAUCAGCAGCAAAGCUCUGGGCCAUGUGCUCUUUGUCUAUCGGUACUGGUAACUUUCGUCUAUUGUUUUCAACAUUGGCUUUCAUUUUUCUCCGUUUGGAUGGCAUCCUUAGAGCAUUGCGUGCAGAUAAUAAAAAAUAAAAAAGUGAUUUGUGUAAAGAAGAAUGUAUUCUGAGAUGUCCUGGUACACAUGUUUAAUGUCAUCUUUAAUUUUCUUAAAGAUUGUGAAUUCUUCAGACAAGAAUAUAAAAAGAGAAACUGACAAUAUGUGUGUUGUUACUGCAGGGUCUGGUCUUUGCUUUGUAACCUUUUCUUCAUUGCUAAAGUGUUAGAUAUUUUAUAGCUUUCUAGAAACUUUAUAUGCAUAUAAUAUCCAAUAAAACGAAAUGGUCAAUUCUG